CCCCCCCCCGGCAGGAGUCUUGACUGGUUCAAGGGCUUCUUCCUGCAACAAUGGAUCUCAAUGCCUCGUCGAGUGCGAUCCCCCGCGGCCAACCCUCAAUACGCUCUUUCUUCCGGCCCAAGAACCCUAACUACGUGCCGCCGCCAGUGCCCCUGAGCUCCCAAUCCUCCGCAUCACAUCUUCUCCCCUCGGAUUCAAGGAGUGUUCCAAAUACUACGCCCCAAGGUCAAAAUCUCUUGCCUCAACCGACCUCAAAUCUCACAGGAGACCCCGCUCUACCUCCACAAGCGAACAUCUCCCCCGUUCAGCAAGACCACAUCCAACCCCUGCGCCGAAUAAACUCCCUUCUUCUGCCGAUAGCCUACCCCGACUCGUUCUACCAUAAAAUCCUCGAGCCCUCACCCGUGAACUUCUCCCGCGUAAUCCUCUGGACCGAUCCCCACUCCAAGGACACAAAGGUGGUUGGUGGAAUUGUAUGCCGCUUGGAUCCUUCACUUGCCCCCGGCUCCACUCCUCAAUCCCCUCAAAUAUUGGAAGGGAGCUAUGACAUUUAUAUCCAAUCCCUUGUCUUACUGUCGCCUUAUAGAGAAAAGGGAUUGGCCGCUGCGGCGCUCAAGAGCGUGAUCGAUGCCGCGAUACGACAGGAUAGGAUAAGGAUAAGGGAACUGUACGCACAUGUAUGGACUGAAAACAUGGAGGCGUUGGAAUGGUAUCCCGCCCGAGGAUUCAAGAGGGAUGAACUGGUUUUGAAUGGGUAUUACAAGAGGUUGAAGCCAGAUACUGCGUGGAUCUUCCGCCGAAAGCUGGUUCCCUCGGACCACUUAUCCCACCCCUCAGUGACGCAGCCUAUUUCUCCACCAGCCCCUCCAACGUUGGCAAAAGCAGCAUCCGCACCACCUCGACCAACCGUCCCACCAUCAGCCACAAACCCUAGACCAGACAAUAUCCCCCACACGAAGUCAUUUCAGGACAGGAGACCGGAUAGGGAAUGGAAUGAUCUGCCAGAAGAUGUGUUAGGUAACCCUUUACUUAAGCCUCCGAGUUUAAAGAGUGGCGACGGAAGUGCAGCAAGCUCAAGAAGCAGUUCAAAAAAUGGAGUAGAGGGCAAAGGGAAGAAGAAAGGGAGGGCGUACCCGGCUGCUGCAUUUGGGUCGUGACCCGUGCCUCCCUGAUACGAUAAUCUUCGGCCUUCCUGAUCAGAAGUCUAAAGCUUGAGGGGCUGGUAGUAGCGUUGGUAGUGUCACUUCAGUAUGAGCAGAACGAAUGAGAGGAGAUGAGAUGAGGUAUGAGAUGUGCAAGAUAUUUGUCUGCAUUGACGAGGCGUUACUUGGAGAAAAGAUGGGUGGGAUUAAAGGAGGCAUAAGUGUUGUAUAUAUAUCUAUCUAGACCUACAUCGGAAGUUAUGGUCAGGCCGCAUUAUAGACAAGUCAGGAUGAACAGGCAUCAAAUUGACUUGACGAUUUUACAUUUCCA